GAACUGAGUCCUUUGUGGAAGUGUCCAGUUGAUGCUGAAGCAGCUGUGAAACUGAGAGGAGCUGGAAAGUAUCAUCUAUAAAACCAGAGAACUCAGAAGUGGCAAAAAUUACUUUCCUCCUGACUGACCACUGUAAAGAGAUUUUAUCUCAUAAGCCUGGAUUAGUAAACCCGCAUCAGAAGAAUUGAAUUUCCAGGAUUCCAAUGGGAAAUCUUUUAAAAGUUCUCACUUGCACAGAGCUUGAUCAGGGGCCAAACUUUUUCCUUGACUUUGAAAAUGCACAACCUACCGAUGGCGAGAGAGAAGUGUGGAAUCAAGUUAACGCCGUCCUCCAAGAUUCUGAGAGCAUCCUCACGGACCUGCAGGCAUACAAAGGAGCGGGACAGGAGAUUCGAGAUGCAAUACAAAAUCCCAAUGAUAUCCAGCUUCAAGAGAAAGCAUGGAAUGCCGUAUGUCCACUGGUUGUGAGACUGAAGAGGUUUUAUGAAUUUUCUAUAAGGCUAGAGAAAGCUCUACAGAGUUUAUUGGAGUCCCUCACCUGCCCACCCUACACGCCAACUCAACAUCUGGAGCGAGAACAAGCUUUAGCAAAGGAAUUUGCAGAAAUUUUACAUUUUACUCUCCGUUUUGAUGAACUGAAGAUGAGGAACCCAGCAAUUCAAAAUGACUUCAGUUACUACCGACGGACAAUAAGUCGCAACCGAAUUAACAAUAUGCACCUAGACAUUGAGAACGAAGUGAAUAACGAAAUGGCCAACAGAAUGUCCCUUUUUUAUGCAGAAGCCACACCGAUGUUGAAGACACUUAGCAAUGCCACAACCUAUUUUGUCUCAGAAAACAAGACUCUGCCAAUUGAAAACACAACAGACUGCCUUAGUACCAUGACCAGCGUAUGUAAAGUCAUGUUGGAGACUCCGGAAUAUAGGAGUAGGUUCACCAACGAAGACACCCUUAUGUUCUGCAUGAGAGUAAUGGUGGGCGUUAUUAUACUCUAUGACCAUGUGCAUCCUGUGGGAGCUUUCUGUAAGACAUCCAAGAUUGAUAUGAAGGGUUGCAUAAAGGUUUUGAAGGAGCAGCCUCCAGACAGUGUGGAAGGUCUGUUGAAUGCCCUCAGAUUCACUACAAAGCACCUGAAUGAUGAAUCUACUUCAAAACAGAUUAGGGCAAUGCUUCAGUAAAGCCCUGUAAGAGAAGAGGAUCUGGGUUCCGAGCUCAGAAGAUGUAUAUGUUUACAUAAUUUAAUACAGAUUGAUGUUAAUACUGGUGUAUUUACAUAACCAUUUCCUUCCUGUCACUGAAAUUUAUGAAUGUUAAUGAAUAACCUGACUGACUUUACAUAACAUAACAAGCUAGCCUUACCUUUGGCGUUUAAAAAAAAGAAAAAAAAGGAUUCUGGGGAAUUUUUGGUUUGUUUUGUUGCCUGAGGACUUUAACUACACACUUUAAAAGUCCCUGGCAUUUUGUAUUUUAAUUUGAGCUGCCCAUCCUUUCUGAAAAAUAGAGUUGUAGAAACAAACUUACUGUGUUUGUAUAAAGUAAUACCAACACUAGUUUUAAAAGAAAAAAAGAAAA